AAGAUUACAAUUUGAAAUAAGAAGUCAAAAUAAAUCAAAAUCUUUCAAAACUUAAAAAUAACUCUGCAGUUAUGUAGCCAGGUAGUUAUGAGACUAUACAUACUGAAAAUAAAGUUUAAUAUUUCAUGUGUACCAAACUACAAAGAAAAAUAAACAAAGUAAACAACUAUGCAUGAAACUUGGAAUAAAUAUAUGUGAGGGGAUAACAGAAUACAAAAAUAUGAAGUUGCCUUUUAGAUACCUUACAUUUGUGCUUGUCACACUUAUAGCACUCAUAAGUCUAUACAACCAUUUUGGAGGACAUGUCACACAUACAAGAACAAAAGGUGCUGAUAUACAGCUAUACAGUAUUCAAGAAUACUCAAAGGAACCCCGGCCCAACUUAUCUUCAGAAUAUGUUGAAAAGGACCCCAUUCAGAAUGAUGACAGAAAACCACCCAAUGAUUCCAAUGACGGGCAAGCUAGAAUUGAAGGGAAAAAGGAAUUUGAUACCAAAUCAGAUAAAUUAAAAUCAUCUUUGAACAAUGAAGAUGAACAAUCCAUAGCGCGUGACAUCAUUCAUGAUAAAAGCAAUAAAUUGUCAAAUACAUCAAAAGUCAUAGAACCAAAGAAUAGUGACCAUAGACAAAAUACAAAAAACAGCACAAAUAAACCAUGGCGCACAGAAUACAAUAAAAUAGUCAACCCCCAUAAUUUUCACUACAAAAUUAAUGAGGAGGACAUAUGUGCUAGCAACACGGAUAUCAUAGUUUUUAUUAUCACUGCCACAAAUCAUUUCACUCGAAGAUUGCUGAUUCGCCAAGCAUGGGCGGGAGAGAAAAUGGUAAAUGGGUUCACCAUAAAGGUGGUUUUCCUCGUAGGGGAUUCUGGGAAAUUAACUAUGAACCUCGCUCUUCAAGAAGAAAGUGCAAUUUACGGAGAUAUUAUACAAGAAACAUUCAUGGAUACUUACAGGAACUUAACUUUAAAGACAAUCAUGGGUCUAAAAUGGGUCACAAAUUUCUGUCCAGAUGCAAGAUACAUUCUAAAAUGUGAUGAUGAUAUUUUUGUAAACGUCUUUGAGCUGGUUAGACAUUUAAAAGUAUAUGAAAUGCAAGGAAAAGAUGUCAAGAAUUUAAUCCUGUGUGAUAUUGAUACAGGUGAUCGUGCAACUGUGAUACGAGAUCCUAGCAGUAAGUGGUACGUUACAAAUAAAGAAUACCCAGGUGAUCAUUUCCCUACCUACUGUGAUGGACCCGUGUAUCUGUUAGCCACAAAUGUAGGAAAGGCGUUAUACAAUGCUUCUUUAUAUCAGCCAUUAUUCUGGCUUGAGGAUGUAUAUACAACAGGCUUCCUUGCAGAUAAACUUGGAAUGAAACACAAAAAAUUUACUUCUUCAUAUGUUGCUAUUCCAAAGUGGUUCACGUUUAAUACAUUUGUAUCAUAUAUUACCAAACAUUAUGUAUUUGUGAUAUGUGAAUCAGCGCAACAUAUAGCAGAACUGUGGCUGAUCCUAAAGCAGUACAAGAUGCAAGAGAAGCGGUUGCUAAAUCAACCAAAUGAGGUUAAAAAUGCUGCAAUAGCUAGAGAAAAAGAACGCUUUGAAAAGUACAAUCAUUAUCUUGGGAAACUUGUUUAAUGGUUUGUUCUUUGAAAUCCAUUGAAAUGUUAUUUAUAACAAUGUUCUUUGCUCAAUAAUGUAAACAAAACAUAUGUGGAUACAUUAUACCAAAAGCUGGUGAACUUUUACCAGAUGGUUAAAAGAAAUAACUUUUGACAAUAUUCGUCAUAUAAGAGUUAUCUGGUAGGUGUUAGCAGAUAUGAGCUCAUAGGCUUUUAAGUGGUAAAAACAAUUUUCAUGGCCAAAUCUAGAUUUUACCCAGUUUAAUCUCUAGUCCUUCCAGAAAUUUCUUGACAUCAUAUAUUCCCAAUAUAUAAUGCCUAUUAUUAUAUAUCAUUGCUAGAAAUCAUGUGAUUUGAUUGGCUGAUUCUGAGCCAUGUAAUCAAAAAUACCAUAGUGUAUUUCACGGCUCCCUCAAUUUUCAGAUUAUAAAAGAUGUACUGCCUGGCGUAUUGUCUGGGAAUUCUGACAACUGCAAUGGACAAAAAUAAAGGUGUACUAUACAAUGAUACUUGUACAUAAUUAUGUUGACUGAUGGGUUUAUGAUACAUUUAUUGAUUAAAAUAAAUCUUCACAGGCUAAAACAAAUAUUCUUUAUUUCUUUGAAAUGCAGUGAUCGUAGAGAAUGUCUAGCAAUGAUAUAAUAAAACAAAUAUUUCAUUCUAUGCUCGGGCAAUACCUGUUGCAUUUUCAAUGAAUUAAGAAAUGAACAGGUAUUGACUUGUCCUCCAAAUAAUGAAAUAUUUGCUUAAUAUAUAGGGUGUCACAAAAAGUGAAUCGCUUUCUGACAAGUAUUUUCUCAACAAUUGCUGACUCAAAUUUAUUGAAAACUAGAAAUCAGCAACUUCACAUAGUAGCCAAUCCCAACAAAAAAACUAAAUUCCUACUCUAGGCAGCCAUUUUGAAUCAGAAAAUUGAUACAAUAUUUGCAAUUUACUCUCUAAAUUGGCAAUUUACUCUAAAUUGCCUUUAAUUUGAGUAUAAUAAAGCUAUACUUGAGAAAGAUCUCAAAAUUAACGAAAAUUCCGACCCCCCCCCAUUUAUGGCCCCUGGGGGUCAGACUGAAAAAUAUGGAAUACAUGUAAAAUAAAAAUAGUACUAUAGGUACUGUAUUCACAUGGGAAGGUUUCAAUAUUUUUAAUAUUUUACAGUGAGACCUAAGGAAAUGACGGUUGCAAUGAAAGGUUGAUAGUAACUUAGCUUAAAAUUAGCGACAUAUUUUGCCUAAACUUAUAGACACUGGUACCUGUUACACUGCUGGGUUGAGUCUAACGAAGCAUUUUUGUAACGAAGGUUAGCGAAAAAAUUGUGUCCACACUGGCUUUAUCCAACCCUAACGAAGCAAUUAUUUGGUGUUACACUGCACUUAAAAUGCUUCGUUGCGCGUGCGCAUUACUCAUCUGCCCCAUCCACUUAUUAUGAUUAAUAUUUUUAUUCUUUUGAUAUAAACCAUUGAUCAAACUCAAAAAUUUAACUAGUUCAAAAUUCUCGGGAAAAUAAAACCAGAUGAAUGUGAUCAUUCCGAACACAUGUCCAUACAUUUUUCCUAUCAUUUCGAUUUUUAUAUAUUUCAGCUGUCAAUACGAUUACAAGUAUUGUUUUCAUUUUCUAUCAUUUCCUUUGGAAUAAAGAUAGGCCUAUGUUAAUUACUAGGAGGAAUUGGAUUUGGGUAUUCAGAGGACUAGUAUGUAAUAUCGUAUAAAAACGUUCAAUUUCCAAAUGGACUUCUCAGUUAUAUUUCAAAUAGUGUAGCCAUUACUAAAAUAUCUCGGUGUUCAGCUGGUGGUUUAACUACUAUUUCAUGACCAAUUCAUUUUAAUAUGAAUAUUACCCGUCUCGCCAAUAUUCCAUGCAUAUUUGAGUGAGUUUGACACAAAUUAGAAUGUUAAUCCAUCAGCCGUCCGUUGAAUUCGAAAAUGGCGCAAAAAGGAAGAAACUUAAAUAUCAGUUGUAAGCAGCGUCUUACGACACAUCAAUAGUGUUUGGGGCUGGCCUAAAACAUGCAGCCUCUCUGUUUUGGCCACCGUUCCUUGUCCGCAGGUUUUACCGUAUUUGUAUACGGAAGUUUUGAAACGUAAUUAAUUCAAUAUAUUUAAACGUGAAGUU